GUUAAUAAAGUAAAACAAACAGACAGACAAUGUAAACGUAGGUGCGAUUGUGGCUGCGCUUGAAAGCAAUUCCUUGUCCCACUGAGUGGCGCAAAGAAGCAAUUAAGAUGAGAAAACGCUUGUACACGCCCCGCGAUGCUACGCCUUAAGCUGUGUCCAUACCAUUCGCGGAAAACCAAGACUAGGUGAAGGGGGAUACUAAAUCGAUAUUUAUAAAUUCGAAUAAUCGGUGGUCUGAAGAUGAAUCACGUUUCAGAAAAGAUUAUAAUGUUUGAAUGUCAAUUUUCAUUUUUUUCAACUAUUUACUGAAAAGGUCAAACAAAACGUGGAUAAUUUCUUAUCAAAUUUAAAUUGGCACAAAAACUGUACAUAAAUAUUGCAUGGAUUGUUGUGUGAGCAAUUCACACUGUCGCCAGCAAUUUUAGUUUUUGUUAUACCUCAAGUUAUGGGUCCUAUCCCUUACAUUCCUAAACUCGCAACAAUGGCCCAUAAAAUCCUGACUUUCUCGUCAGUGCGUGCAUCCAGUAUGGAGCGCAAAAAUGUCAUACCUUCGUGAGAGCUGGCUGCGACUACUCGUGACAAGUGGUGACAUGCUGAGGAACAAGGCCUUUGUCGUACUUACCACCUUAUCAUUCAUCUCACGUAUUUCUUCAGAGUACACGAUUUACUCCAAUGGCUGGAUACCAUUGACACAUAAUGACAUUUAUAAUCAAAUAAGACGGCAACCGACUCCAUAUCCUGCCUAUGUAACUGUCAAACCCGCUUUCAAUCCUAACAACUUAUUGGCGAUAGUCCAAGACACAAAAGAUGAAAUGGAAAAUCUCAUGGAUGGAGACAGUAAAAUAUUGCAUCAAAAGUUUCCAAAUAAAUUUUCUAACGUAGAUGAUAGCAGCACCUUGACAGCUUUCAAGAACAAAGAAAACAUGAGAGAAGCUAAAUUAUUAUCUAACCGAGUAUCUGACUAUUAUGAAGACAAAAUUAUUGAGCUGCCUCAAGCUGAAACUGAAAUAAUCGUCGAUAAAACCGAAAAGAAUACAUCUGGUAAUGAAAUGAUGUCUAUUGAUACAAAAAACACUUACGAGGUAACUGAAGAUACGGAUAAACUAUUUAACGAAGGAGAAGAUGAAACUAGUAAUGACACAGGAUAUCAAUACACACAGCCUAUAGAAACGAAUCAUAAUCUUACUUCUAAUUUGUACGAAAUACUUUCCAAGUACAACAUCAAUUCCCAAGACAAACUACAAAAUUAUGACUUAUCGUUACGCCAUAAGGUUCAAAACUCUUUAACUACAGUACAUCGUGUGCCAAUCCCAUAUAGAUAUAACAGUUUGAAUCAUUUGCCAGUAGACCCAUUGCUUGCUGUAUUCCUAUCUAACUAUGGGUUGUAUCUGCCAAGUUUGUAUGGGAUCAAGUCUAAUUACAAUAAUUUGUACGGUUAUCUGGCUUCCAAUAACAUUCAUAAUAAUAAACCGUUUGGUUUGUAUAAAAUUUUCUCGGACACUGAUUCAUGGAAUUAGAAAGACAGUUGUUAUAAUUACUUUAAAUAACACAACAGUUCAAAUGUUAAAACACAUUUUAAUUAUUUGGUACACAUAAACCAUGCUUACAUGCAAUGUGGAAUCAUUAUUGUCAAAAAAUAUAAAUUUUUAGAUAUUAAUAUAGCAUAAGCGCGGUGUUGUACUUGAAUAAUAAAAUUAACCAACCUAAUAUUAAGCCUUUAAACUCCUCACCGUUAGGAAAUAACAAAAAAUUGGCAAAAGGACAUCGAAAAAAAAUCAGACCGAGUACCGCAUCAACUGCAUGAAGCCUGUCCAUGGAACAAUGAACUUUAGGAAGUAUAACUUAAGAUAGUAAUUAGAGUGGGGUAUGGUUAAAUAAAGGCUCGGAGCUUGGAGUUGGUCCAACGGCCACAGGCGUGACAGUUUCAUAGCGCGUUGUGAAAAGUUGCCUUUGUACAGGAGCCAGUUUGCACCACUUUUUAUAAUGCUUUUUACUCGUUAAACGUCCCCGGAUUUUGUUUCUGAGACUUUAAAUCUUGUUAAUUUUUGAUUGUUUGUGGACUUUGUACCGGCUACUUUCAAGUUUAGUUAAUUUAUAGUACAUUUAUCUUAUGUUGUUUUUGUAUAAUGCAUUUAUAGUUACAGUCUCAUUGUAGCGGCAGUUAUAAGUUUUUUCAAGACUUUUAUGAAACAUUAACAAAAAAGUAAUUUGGACACAAAUUUUCCAAAAAUACCGUUCCUGUGUAACCAGUUUUGGCAAAACGCCUCAUCAAUCCACAUUAUUCCUAAGUUCAACAUAAAUCAUCUCGUCAAGAGGAAAACGGAACAAGUACUCAUCAAGGCGGGCCGAUCGCUCCUCGCAAUCAAACCUCAUACAUUUCUAUAAACAUAUUUUCCGCAUGGACGCCUCGCCUCAAGGAAACUCGAUAACUUCACGUAAAUUGUAAUUGUCGUGAAUGAAACACAAAUUUUAUUUUGGAAUGAAAUUUCUAACUUGUUCGGUCGUAGAAAAAAUAUUUGGUCGAUGUAAUGUCGAUUAAAAGAGACAUGUAUUUUAACAAAAGACCAAAUGAGGCAUUGAACGUAUUCACAUAUUUAUUUAGUUUUUAUUUCUUCAUCAACAUUACUAAAUGGCUCUAGUUAUAUUCGCGUACGUGUGCAAUUAUUACAAAGUCCAUUACUUCUAUUUGAUAAAUAUCUCAAAUUAACGUUCUGUACUUAAAAACCAACUUAAUUAUGACCGAAGCAUUUUGCUCACGACCCACACACGUUUUGCUUAGCGCAGCAAACUCCCUGUAUUUCACAAAAUCUAAUAUUGGAACGCUGCAAUGUAUUGUGUGUUAUUUCAAAUCCUAUUACCCUGGAUAUAACAUUAAGGAUAUGAUAUUGAGAAAUGCAUUCACAGUUGUGUCCAAUACCAAGGAUAAGCCAUGUGGAAUACUCGUUUCAUACAUUAUUAUAAGAACUUAGAUUUUGUGUCAAAUA